GGCCAGGGGUGCCGAGAAAGAUGUCGGCUGGCGGGCGUCGUUGGGCCCUUCUGUGCGGAGGGUCUCCGUGACAGGCGCUCGACGGAGACGACGGACGAGCCGAGUCCCCAGAGCGAGUGUGAGGGGCGGCCGCGGCGGAUCGGGCAGGGCCGGGCGUGGUGCCCAGGGCGCCCCCGCCGCGGGCCGUGACUUUUGGGAGCGUGCGGGAACGGGGAGCGUCCGGUGCCCAAGGCCGGUGAUGCCCCGCCGCGGCCCGGGAGGCCGGGAAGCCGAGCUCCGCGGGGCCCCCGAUGCCGCCGACUGGCUCUGACCCCGCCAGAAUGAACAGGAAGAAAGGAGACAAGGGCUUUGAAAGCCCAAGGCCGUAUAAAUUAACCCAUCAGGUCGUCUGCAUCAACAACAUAAACUUCCAGAGAAAAUCUGUCGUGGGAUUUGUGGAACUGACUAUAUUUCCCACAGUUGCAAACUUAAAUAGAAUCAAGUUGAACAGCAAGCAAUGUAGAAUAUACCGAGUGAGGAUCAAUGACUUAGAAGCUGCCUUUAUUUAUAAUGAUCCAACUUUGGAAGUUUGUCACAGUGAAUCGAAACAGAGAAAUCUCAAUUACUUCUCCAACGCUUACGCGGCUGCGGUUAGCGCUGUGGAUCCUGACGCAGGGAAUGGGGAGCUGUGCAUUAAGGUUCCAUCAGAGCUGUGGAAACACGUCGAUGAGUUAAAGGUCCUAAAGAUACACAUCAAUUUUUCUUUGGAUCAGCCAAAAGGAGGUCUGCAUUUCGUGGUACCCAGUGUAGAGGGAAGCAUGGCAGAGAGAGGUGCUCAUGUGUUCUCUUGUGGGUAUCAAAACUCCACAAGAUUUUGGUUCCCAUGUGUUGAUUCGUACUCUGAGUUAUGCACGUGGAAGUUAGAGUUCACAGUGGACGCCGCCAUGGUGGCGGUCUCCAAUGGAGACUUGGUGGAGACCGUGUACACCCAUGACAUGAGGAAGAAGACCUUCCAUUACAUGCUCACCAUCCCGACGUCCGCGUCCAACAUCUCCCUGGCCAUUGGACCUUUUGAAAUCCUCGUGGACCCGUAUAUGCACGAGGUUACUCAUUUUUGUUUACCUCAACUUCUGCCAUUGCUUAAACAUACCACAUCGUAUCUUCAUGAAGUUUUUGAAUUUUAUGAAGAAAUUCUUACAUGUCGAUACCCAUAUUCCUGUUUUAAGACUGUAUUCAUUGAUGAAGCUUAUGUUGAAGUGGCUGCUUAUGCUUCCAUGAGCAUUUUUAGCACGAAUCUGCUGCACAGUGCUAUGAUUAUAGAUGAGACGCCUUUGACCAGAAGGUGUUUAGCCCAGUCUUUGGCCCAGCAGUUUUUUGGAUGUUUCAUAUCCAGAAUGUCUUGGUCUGAUGAAUGGGUAUUGAAAGGAAUUUCUGGUUAUAUUUAUGGUCUUUGGAUGAAAAAAACUUUCGGUGUUAAUGAAUACCGCCACUGGAUUAAAGAGGAGCUGGACAAAAUAGUGGCGUAUGAACUAAAAACUGGUGGAGUUUUAUUACAUCCCAUAUUUGGUGGAGGAAAAGAGAAGGAUAAUCCAGCGUCCCAUCUGCACUUCUCCAUAAAGCAUCCACAUACGCUCUCCUGGGAGUACUACACCAUGUUCCAGUGCAAAGCUCACCUUGUGAUGAGACUGAUUGAAAACAGGAUCAGCAUGGAGUUCAUGCUGCAGGUUUUCAAUAAACUGCUAAGUUUGGCUAGUACUGCUUCAUCUCAGAAGUUCCAGUCACAUAUGUGGAGUCAGAUGUUGGUUUCCACAUCUGGAUUUUUGAAAUCCAUCUCAAACGUCUCUGGCAAAGACAUCCAGCCUUUAAUAAAGCAGUGGGUAGACCAGAGCGGAGUGGUAAAAUUUUAUGGAAGUUUUGCCUUUAAUAGGAAGCGAAAUGUCUUGGAACUGGAAAUAAAACAAGAUUAUACAUCUCCUGGAACCCAGAAAUAUGUGGGACCACUUAAAGUGACAGUACAGGAAUUAGAUGGAUCCUUCAAUCAUACAUUGCAAAUUGAAGAAAACAGCCUUAAGCAUGAUAUACCUUGCCAUUCCAAAAGCAGAAGGAAUAAGAAGAAAAAAAUUCCACUGAUGAAUGGUGAAGAAGUUGACAUGGAUCUUUCUGCAAUGGACGCCGACUCCCCGCUGCUGUGGAUCCGGAUCGACCCGGACAUGGCGGUGCUGCGGCGGGCGGACUCGGAGCAGGCGGACUUCAUGUGGCAGUACCAGCUCCGCUACGAGCGGGACGUGGUGGCGCAGCAGGAGGCCAUCGCGGCCCUGGAGCGCUUCCCCACCCCCGCGUCCCGGCUCGCGCUCACCGACGUCCUGGAGCAGGAGCAGUGCUUCUACCGCGUGCGCAUGGCCGCCUGCUUCUGCCUCGCAAAGAUUGCAAAUUCAAUGGUGAGCACAUGGACAGGACCACCAGCUAUGAAGUCACUCUUUACUAGGAUGUUUUGUUGUAAAACUUGUCCAAACAUUGUGAAAACAAACAACUUUAUGAGCUUUCAAAGUUACUUUCUACAGAAGACUAUGCCAGUUGCAAUGGCCUUAUUGAGAGAUGUUCACAACCUUUGUCCCAAAGAAGUCUUAACGUUUAUUUUAGACUUAAUCAAGUACAAUGACAACAGAAAAAAUAAGUUUUCAGAUAACUAUUACCGCGCAGAGAUGAUUGAUGCCCUUGCCAACUCUGUUACGCCUGCAGUCAGCGUGAAUAAUGAAGUCCGAACUUUGGAUAACUUAAAUCCGGACGUGCGACUCAUUCUUGAAGAAAUCACUAGGUUUUUGAACAUGGAAAAACUUCUUCCAAGUUACAGGCACACCAUCACUGUCAGCUGUCUGAGAGCCAUACGAGUGCUUCAGAAGAACGGGCAUGUGCCCAGUGACCCGUCUCUCUUCAGAUCUUAUGCAGAGUAUGGCCACUUUGUGGACAUCAGAAUAGCAGCUUUGGAAGCGGUGGUUGAUUACACUAAAGUGGACAGGAGUUAUGAAGAAUUACAGUGGCUACUUAACAUGAUUCAGAAUGACCCUGUACCCUAUGUAAGACAUAAAAUUCUAAAUAUGUUGACUAAAAACCCACCCUUUACUAAGAGCAUGGAGUCUCCCUUAUGCAAUGAAGCUUUGGUAGAUCAACUUUGGAAACUUAUGAAUUCUGGCACUUCACACGACUGGAGGCUGCGGUGUGGGGCUGUGGACUUGUACUUCACGCUUUUUGGCCUCAGUAGACCUUCCUGCUUACCCUUGCCAGAACUUGGCUUGGUCCUUAAUUUGAAAGAGAAAAAAGCUGUCUUGAAUCCAACCAUCAUUCCAGAGGCCAUAGCAGGCAACCAAGAAGCUGCAGUGAACCCAAGCAGCCACGCACAGCUAGCUGGAUUCCAGAACCCUGAAGAUGAUCACCUUGCCAAGGAAGCCUCAUGUAAUAUGUCAGCUCAUCAGCAGGGAGUGAAGAGGAAGGCUGACACACCACUGGGGUCCCCACUAGAGCCUGGUCAAAUACUGGAGAAGAAUGAGGAUAGCAGUAAAGUCAAACUCAAAAUCAGAUUUUCAAGUUCUCAAGAGGAAGAAGAGAUUGACAUGGAUACUGUUCAUGAUAGCCAGGCAUUCAUUUCCCAUCAUCUAAACAUGCUUGAAAGGCCGUCAACUCCAGGGCUCUCCAAAUAUCGUCCAGCUAACUCGCGAUCUGCUCUGACGCCCCAGCACUCAGCAGGCUGUGACGGCACGCCCACCACAAAGCCUCAGUGGAACAUGGAGCUCCCACGGAAGGGGACAGGUAAAGAGCAGCCCCCUCUGGAGAUGAGUGUCCAUCCGGCCGCAGCAGCUCCGCUGUCGGUGUUUGGCAAGGAGCCCGCGUCCUCCAGGCACGGCGAGCACCACCACCACCACCACCGCGAGCACAAGAAGAGGAAGAAGAAGCACAAGCACAAGCACAGGCACAAGCACAAGCGGGACGGCCGGGAGCGGGGCCGGGCGCCGCUCGCCUUCCCCAGCCCCGCCGGCGGCAGGUCCGCGCGCUCCCCGCCCCUGUCGGACUGAGCCGGCCGGGACCGCGCGCAGACUGAGACGGGCCGGGGGACCGCUCCCCCUGCGUGCAGAACGGCAUGCAGACUGAGACGGGACCGCACGCAGACUGAGACGGGCCGGCGGCCGCUCCCCCUGCGUGCAGAACGGCAUGCAGACUGAGACUGCAGACUGAGACGGGACAGCACGCAGACUGAGACGGGACAGCACGCAGACUGAGACGGGCCGGGGGCCGCUCCCCUGCAUACAGAACAGUAUACAGACCCAGCCCUUCAUCAGCUGGGAAGAUGAUAGAAAAAGUCACCUCUUGUAGAGACUCAAGUUCUAAAUAUUUGAUUUAUAUUAUUUAUGCAGUUGAAACCUAAUUAGGAAAAUGUGUUUUAUCGUCCUGAGUAAACCACCUCAUCCGGUCUCUUCCUGGACACACACACAGAGCAGACCCUCCCUCAGGGCCUCGUGUGCACGGGCAGCCCCCAUCGCAUCAUGGUCUCCGUGUGCACUGCCAAAGUCAAUUAUGUUUUAAAGCCUUUGAUUGAUACGAUGGUACAAAGUUAUGUUUUAAACAGAAGCUACUGCCAAGCCUGUGGUAAAACCACUGUUUCCAGUGAAAGAUUGUAUAGCACCAUUUGGAACUACUGAAUGCUGGAGCCUUUUCUAGAGGGCUCUUCUGUUGCGUGUUUUUGUGUGUAUCUGUUAACUGUAGAAGCCAAUGCUGAAGUUUUCAGAGGCAGCUUAAAAAAAAAAGGCUCUUUUGAUAGCACAUUUGGUCAUUAUGUUGUUGGACUUUAACAAAACUACCAAAUCCACGGUUCUCAAAUCAAGAUGUUUAAAUUAUAACUUCCUUUUUUUCAUUAAGUAUAAGUGAAUACAUUCAUAUGUAGAACAUGUUUACCAAAUGUGCACAAUUAAUACACCCAAUACAUAUUCUAAAAUUAUUUCUCUUAACGAUGGUACCUUAAAAAGGUGUUUAUAUGCUGUUCAUAAGCGUAAAUGUAGACAUUUUGACCCUCAGCGUGAGUAUACCAGCAGUAUUUAAAAAACAUACGAAACAUUUUGGUUUCCUACUUCAAUAGUUUGAAUGCUUGUGUGGGUUUUUUAAUUUCCAAAUUUACCAUGUGCUUUGUUGUUUGCCUAAAAAUGUUGCUCAUACCUGUUCUAUUUUAAUCAUUCCCCUUAUCAUUUAGAAAGUGUGACUGAAUACUUCUUCCCAGAAUAGAUGUUUCAAAGGGAUUUGGUAAUGUUGGGCUUAAAUAUACUUGUUUAAUAAAUAACUUUUUAAAUCGA